GCUGCAAAUCUCUAUGAAAAAAGGAAAAACAACCCAAAGAACUUAUAUUAUUUUCUUCCGAUGGUGAGCCGCCUUUUUUCCGUUUUCUUUUUUCUUUCCCCCCCUGACAAACGGAGGACAGGAAAAAGAAGACAAAGAGGAGGAAGUAGAGAUUAACGGUGGACUAACCCGUAAGGGAGAAUUGUGAGUAGAUGAGGGCUCAGAUUAAAACCAAAAACCAAGAAACCAAAAGAGGAGAGAAACAGCAAAAUAUUGACGCAAACUGACAGAGGAGGAAGACUGACUGAUGGAGAGGCAGGCUAUGGCUGAAUAUCCGGAUGGCAGAGUGAUGCACAGGGGAUAUUUCUAGUCCUGUGCUCGGGGUAGUCAGCAAAAGAAGGCGGAGAGGAGCAGAGGAACAGGGAAAGAAAGAAAAAAGAAAAGAAAGAAAGAGAAAGAAAGAAAGAAAUGGGAUAAAGAGAGCCAGAAGAACAAAAGCAAAACAAAGCAAUCCCAGUCGUAACGGUCUCCAUUUCUCCUCUGCAUCUGCCUCCACACUCUGCUCAGCUCUCCAAAGUUUAUCCCCGGUGAUGUCUGGACGUGCGGUUCGAGCUGAGACACGCAGCCGGGCGAAAGAUGACAUCAAGAAAGUGAUGGCAGCCAUCGAGCAUGUCCGCAGAUGGGAAAAGCGAUGGGUGACGGUUGGGGACACAUCUCUUCGGAUCUACAAGUGGGUACCUAUUGUGGACCCCCGAGAUGAGGAGAAAAGGCGGCUGGCAGGCAACAGCGAGCAGCAGCGGACCAAAGAGCGAAGAGCCCGCAUGCCCAGCCCUCGGAGGAACCCAGCCCUCCUCAUGCUGGACCUCAAUGACGAGAACAGCAAUCAGAGUUCCAUUUCGGAGACCUCCUUGCUGAAAGGCGGGGACACCAGCCCCAGCUCCACCCUGGACCGCAGCCAGACCGUAACUCCCACCCCACUAGGGGAGCUCAAGGCGGAGGACUCUCAGCCUCCUUUGCUGGGGCAGGAAGGAGAAUCCGGAGUGAUGCUUCUGGAGGGGACAGAUGAACCUCCCAUGCUUACCAAAGAAGAGCCGGAUUCCAAGAUGUCAGAGACCCAGGAUACAGCAGGCCCCACAAAGCCCGCAAAGGAGGCCUUCGAAGUACCAACGCCUGAGGCAGAACAGCCGCCCGAGGCUCCGCCAUUGAAGCGCAUGCGCAGUGAGGCCCAAGAUUCCGAGUCCAGCCAGCCCUCAGAUGCUUAACCUCAGGCCUGCUUUUUGCUCUCCCCACCUCUUUCGGCGGGGUGUUGUUGUGGGAGGGGGAGGGGACUUGCUGGGAGAUAUAUAUUAACAUAUUAUGCUAAAAUAUGGUGGCCAGCCCACUUUUAUGCCACCUUGCCCACCUGGGCACUGUCACCAUUUCACUGCGCUUGCUGCCCCCUGGUGCAAGACUGUUGUUGGUGAAUAAACAUGGCAGCCAUCCUUGGAUACCCCCAGAAGCCAUGUUUGUUUACAUUCAGCAGCCCCCCCCCCCCCAAGUGUGCAUGCAUGAUUCGCAAUAUUAAAAGCAAACGUGCUGGUGAGGAGCAAAGCUCAAGCAAAGAUGGGUGGGGAAUUGGGAAGGUUUUCUGAAAGGCCCGGCGGAGCUAAUGCAUCAUCUGUGAGAGAGGAGGGGAGGCAUAAGCACACUAGCCCAAAGAAAAAGGAACACAGGCUUGAUUUGGGGGAAAAAAUCAAUCAAUCAGGAAAGCCACAAAGCUCCCAGGUUCUUUUUUUCCUACCCCAGGUUAGAGAGAGUGAGGGCAUCUGUGGGUUUAAAAGCCAGGCUGCAUGGACCACCAAACCCACCCAAAAUCCAGUUUUUACAACCGGGAAGAAACGUUCGGCAAAUAGAGCCAAAUAAGCAUCUUUGCUUCCUUCCGUAUAAUUGUAUUGUUUUAGUUUUUCCGAAGGAGAGGAUUGUGGAGGUGUUUGUGAGCUCUUUUUCAGAAUUGCAAAUUGCAGCAUCUCUCGCGUUUUCUAGGCACACAGGAUACUGUGGAGCCCAGAUCAAGUGAAGGAUAGGCCAUUAAUUACUGCAGUAAGUCAUAGAGGCCAAAGCUACCGUAUGUAGAUGUUAUGCACUCUGCCUUGAAAGCUCCUUUGCCUAAUCCCAGGUAUGCAGGGGCUGUGUUUGGGGAAAGGGAAAGGAACUCUAAUAUGCUUAGAAAAAAAACUCCCUGCAUUGUUGUUCCUUAAUGUUUGUAGAGCUCAAUUCCUUAGAACUGAAACAAUCUGGGGGCAGAGACUUCUGACUCUCAAUAACUCAUGGCAAGGGAGAUAGAGGACCUUGGCUUCUAUUCCUGCCUCUAGUCUAGAAGAAGGCAGGCUCAUCUCCAGAGGUGAGAAGAGGGAGCUGGAUG